UAGCUUUAGGCCGCACAGGAAACGACAAGUGCAGUGUGGCACACCUGCCCUGCAUGCUUGAUUUGUCAAACAGUCACACUUUUUUCGUCGUUUGUCUCUCAAAGAUGGAUAUUCGCAACUACUUCACUGGGGCUCGCGAUUCAUAUGAUGGACAGCUAGCUAAAGAUUACCACGCAAUCCACAAGCAUCUAAGGAGAAGUCUCCACAGCAUUCCCCCUCCUCCACCCCGCGCCUCAGGGCUGGACUUCCUUCCUGAUGCAGAGAAUCAACAGUUCACCUACUUGAUUGGUCUGGAGGUGAUUGUGCAGGAACGAUUGACAGAGACACAGAAUGUCUCCCCUAAGCAAAGGAAACAUAAAGCCAAAGGUGCUUUGAGAAAGAAGAAGGCUCCUCCUCACAAUGACCCAAAGACCUGUGAUCAAUGUUCGACUGAUUUCACCUGUCGAUGGUGGUGUGUGACGAUGAGAACAGACAGAGGUGAAGUCCAGUUGUGUGAUCAUUGCAAGACCUCCAAGGACAAGAAGGCCAUAGUGCAGGCCCACACGUCUAAGAUGGAGGAGGCCUUUUCCCAUGCCAAGCAGAUGAAGCUAGAGGCCAAGCAGCGACUCCUGCAGGGUCGGACACAGGCCAUGCAGCUACCUCAGUGCAGUCAGAGGAUAUAGAUUGGUGUGCUCAAACACAGUAAGAAUUACUGUGAACAUAAUUGUAGUUUCUUACAUGUAAGCCACAUUAACUUUGUAAGAUAAUGUUUAUACAGAAUGCACUCUUAUCUUGUUGAGAUAUUUCUGAUGAUGUUCUUGUUAAGAUGUGUGUGGUGAUGUUAUGAGACCACUUCAUUAUUUUAUGUUGCAUAAAUCCUCAUAACCUUAAAACAACCAUGUCUGGGUUGGGUUUUUGCACAUUGCACCUAUUAUCCUUGUGACUGUGUGUUAUCUUUAAAAAUAAUUUUGUUAAGAGAGGAAAUUACUAUAGCUCAUAACCCUGGCUGUUUUUUGUUAAAUUGGAUAUUAUUUAUUAUUUGUAUGAAUAGUAAUGAAGUAACAAGUGAUGCAUUUGAUGACAUAGGAUGGAAUGAUUUUAUAAAAGUUAUAAG